AGAGAGAGAGAGAGAGAGAGAGAGUUUUCAUCAUCUUUCAGGAAAAGGAUUUUACAUAAAAAAAUUUCGGAUUUAGAAGAUAUAAAUAAGAUUGCAUGGGUCAGCUCUCUCGUUGAUCUCAACAUGGCAGCCCUUAAAGUCACCAAAAAACACCACAAACACCUUAAUAACCCUUUCCCGUCGACCCCAACAGGCCUACCUUCCAUCCGAGGAACUCUGUUUUUCAAUUCCAAAAGAGUGCCUUCACGCCAAAUCUUCUCGAUCGGGGAGGACUUCCAGAUUCUUUGGAGCUCCAACCAUGGUGGUUAUAUCUCAAUUUAUCAUAAAUCAAGUCCUUCUAGAUCCAUAUGGUCUACCAUACCGGGCCAAGCCUUUGUGUCUGCUGCAUUAGCCGAAACGGAGGUGGAGGAAAGCAGGGGAUCUUUUGUUGUGAAAGAUGGAGAUGUUCAUUUGGUCUGUAAUGAUCAAACCAUAGAGGACAUAAGAGUGAUCGAUAAGUUUGAUCGUUCUUUAGAGGGUAACUAUCAAGAUUCUCCAUCUGGGUAUCCGUGGUUUGAGCAGAAAAAAGGUAUGAAUAGCACCAAAUUCCCUAUUUUGCUAAUAACUGGUUGGAUUUUCAGCAUGAAGAAAAAUAAAAGGCAGUUUUGGAAAGACGGAACUGCUGCAGAAAUACAAUUCGAGGACAAGGAACCUUCAACUUCUGCGAGGUAUUGGGUUUUGUUUGAGCAGAAGAACAGUAAUCAGAUUGGUUUCCAAGUGAUUCUCGGGCAAUCAAACUUUAAGCUAUACCCAAAAGCCUCCUCAACAGCUUCAGGAAGAUACCGGAGGUUUAGGCGGAGGCUGGGGCUGAUAAAGAAACGGAUGCUUGGUUUCUGUUGGUACAUUUCAAGGCCGAGAGGGUAUGUCACAGUUUCCUCAGCAGAGGAGGAAAUAGAAGAGUUGAGAGUUUCAGAAUCCACGCAGUUCAACAGGGUCUGCUUGACCUAUUCAAGUGAAGCAAAUGAAAGAUUCUAUGGUUUUGGGGAGCAGUUCUCACACGUAAAUUUCAAAGGCAAACGGGUACCUAUUUUCGUUCAAGAACAAGGCAUCGGAAGAGGGGAUCAACCAAUUACUUUUGCCGCUAACUUGGUUAGCUAUAGGGCUGGUGGUGAUUAUAGUACAACUUAUGCUCCUUCUCCAUUCUAUAUGACGUCCAAAAUGAGGUCUCUUUACCUUGAAGGAUAUGAUUAUUCCGUGUUCGAUCUAACUAGGCAUGAUAGAGUUCAAAUUCAGAUACACGGGUCUUCCGUUCAAGGACAGAUUUUGCAUGGGAACUCACCUUCUGAGCUCAUUGAACAUUUUACUGAAACCAUUGGGAGGCCUCCUGAGCUUCCUGAGUGGAUAAUAUCUGGUGCUGUGGUUGGAAUACAAGGUGGCACAGAAACUGUUCGCCAUACAUGGGAUGAGCUAAGGACCUACAAUGUUCCCAUUUCAGCAUUUUGGCUCCAGGAUUGGGUGGGGCAGAGGGAGACAUUGAUUGGAUCACAACUCUGGUGGAACUGGGAAGUGGAUACAGAAAGGUACUGGGGAUGGCAACAACUAGUUCAAGACCUAAGUGUUCGGCAUAUCAAAGUGAUGACAUACUGCAAUCCUUGUCUAGCUCCGAUUCAUGAGAAGCCAAACAGAAGGAGAAACCUUUUUGAGGAGGCAAAGAACUUGGACAUCUUGGUAAAAGAUAAGCAAGGACAACCAUACAUGGUUCCAAAUACAGCUUUUGAUGUUGGGAUGUUGGAUUUGACACACCCAAAUACUGCUAGUUGGUUCAAACAAAUUUUACAAGAAAUGGUGGAUGAUGGAGUCCGAGGAUGGAUGGCUGAUUUUGGUGAAGGCCUGCCUGUGGAUGCCACCCUCUAUUCAGGUGAAGAUCCUAUUUCGGCGCAUAAUAGGUACCCUGAGCUAUGGGCUCAAAUAAACAGAGAGUUUGUGGAAGAAUGGAAAAGGAACCAUGCGGGUAAGAUGAAAGAAGACCCAAAAGAAGCCCUAGUUUUCUUCAUGAGAGCUGGUUUCAGAAAUAGUCCCAAAUGGGGGAUGCUAUUUUGGGAAGGAGACCAAAUGGUAAGUUGGCAGGCUAAUGAUGGGAUAAAGAGUGCUGUUACUGGUCUAUUGAGCAGUGGACUUUCAGGGUAUGCUUUUAACCACAGUGAUAUUGGAGGCUACUGUGCAGUAAACUUACCGUUUAUCAGGUAUAGAAGAAGUGAAGAGUUGCUUUUACGUUGGAUGGAGCUAAAUGCUUUCACCACAGUCUUCCGGACCCAUGAAGGUAACAAGCCAUCCUGCAAUAGUCAAUUCUACUCAAACCACCAUACCUUAUCACAAUUUGCUCGUUUUGCUCAAGUAUACAAAGGAUGGAAGUUUUACAGAAUUCAACUUGUAAAGGAAGCUGCUCAAAAAGGUCUGCCAGUUUGCCGCCACCUAUUUCUCCACUACCCAGAAGAUGAUCAUGUUCAUAGCUUGAUUUACCAACAAUUCUUGGUCGGUACUGAGAUCCUAGUGGUGCCUGUCCUAGACAAGGGCAAGAAGAACGUUAAGGUCUAUUUUCCAGUGGGAGAACGUUGUGAUUGGCAACAUAUCUGGACCGGAAAACUAUUUAGAGAACAAGGUUGUGAAGCUUCGGUAGAAGCUCCAAUCGGUUAUCCUGCUGUAUUUGUAAAGACUGGCUCCACCAUUGGAGAGACCUUCAUUAAAAAUCUGAGAGAUUUUAAUAUUCUUUAACCAAAAA